UGUUAAUGGUUAUAAAGUUUCGCUAUUUUUGCGAUUUUUUCCAGAAAGUAUUGUCUAUACUACAUCAAAAAUUGCAUGAUACGUUUAACGUAUUUGUAGUUUACCGUGCCUUAAAUUCUUUAUGUAUAUCAAUUAUUUUGUAAAAUAGGAGUAUUACAGUUUCGGCGUUUCUAUCAAAAUGUUGACCGAAACGCUACAUGGUCUUCAUGCUACAAGCAUAACCCUGAACGAAAGGUUCACUCUACUGGCCCAAGUGCCUCCUCCACGGGUUGUAAGACCAAAACGUAGAUCAGCAUCUCAAUCCUAUUCAAACAAAGGCUUUAAUUAUCGUAACCAAAACCUCUUAGAACAAAUUGUUCAUCAGUUGGAACAAGCAAAUCAAAAAGUAGUUACGAAGCGGUUAGGCCUCCGACGUUAUGGUAGUGAAAGUAAUUUGAACAAACUUCAGAGAGCAAACAGCACUAGCAAUCUUUCCCAAUUUGGUGUAAAAAGUCGACUAUCUUGGAGACAGUCUAAUGGAAACCUAAGCAGAUCAUCAACAUUUAAUAAUCAGAUGGGAUGGCGAAGUCGUGCGUUUAUGCGGCGCGGUGCAAGAAUAGGACUAACUAGGGGCAGAGUUAGGGGCAGGGGUGGUCGCCAAUAUGUAGGCAGAAUGCAGAACCAACGACGUGCCGUGGUACAAAACGCGCGAGGGCGGGGCCGGGGGCGAGGGCGGGUGCGGGGCAGGGGACGGGGACGGGGGAAUAAUAGAGUAACCACAACAAACGCAAAAAAGACGGUGCCAUCGAAGGAGGAGCUAGACCUCCAGCUCGACCAGUACAUGGCCAGCACAAAAUCGGCUUUAGACAAAGAGCUCGACGCGUACAUGCAGAGCGCCCUGAGAACUGAGUAAGAGAAGAGAAAAGGAGAGUCGGGAUGAGUCAAGGAUGAAUAGAUUAAUGUUUAUUUUCAUUGCCGUGGAGUGUGAUUUAAAGUGAAGUGAUUUGUUAUCUUUUUCAUUUGUUUAAAAAUUUUAUAGGUUUAUAAGACUUGCACUGAUUGUGCAAUACCCAUCAUGUGCCGUAUGGUUGUCACAUGGGUAUUACACAUACUUUCAUUCGAAGAAAGUAAAUUUGAGUCAUGAGGACAAUUAGAAAGAUCCCACUUUUGAUAGUUUAAAGUAUAGUGAGGUCUUUUCAAAGUCAAAGAUGAGCAUUGCAAAAUGCUUCAAAUAUAAUUCUUUUUUAUUAUAUCCAGUAAAUGUAGCUUUCGAGUCACAUUAAAUAUUAGUUAUUAGAUAGAUUUUUUUGCAUUGAAUGUUGUUUUGUGUCAUGAUUCUCUACCUUUGUUCUCUUAACACGCAAGUGUUGUAUUUAAAAAAAAAAUAUUCUGUCGGGAUUGUUUUAAACAAUAAAAAAUUUAUUUGAAAGGUCUUACUCCAUCAAAGAAACUGUAAUUUUUUGUGUUUUUCACAGACACUGCACAGAUUUAACUCUAUGUGCAACUGUGUGUGUGUAUUUGAAAAAUGAUCUUAAUAAUAAGAUACAUAUAUACGUCACACGCUUCAUGCAGUUGUGAAUCACGCUAUAAAAUGUCUAAGGUUUUCCUUCACCUACUAUCUCGAGCGUGGGUUGAGUCAAUUAUAGUGGGAUUGUUUCUUCGCAAAAUGCGAGCAUUUUUAGUUAGUCGUGGUGCAUCCAAAGAUGAGGCUGGUUUUAGAAUGACAGCUAAUACGUAUAUGUGCAGUACUGGCGGCCAGCGUGCCGUCACCGUGACACUAAAACCAGUCUAAAUGGACGAAAGUGUUCGCAUGAAGAGCGUACUACAAGGACAAUUAGUUUAUAUUAGUGUUUUUUCUAGAUUAAUAUUAAACAAACCUGACACUAGCCUUGCUUAUAUACAUAACAUGUGGUUUAGUAAAAUAGAAGGACUGCAAAAAGGUGUACAUGAGAUAGCUAUAACGUCCAGUGUUGCAAUUUAUAUUUUUACAUAAAAUAUGUGUUAUAAAAACUGUUGAGCUUCUAGCACGUAACUUUAGUAAUUAAGGUUAUAAAUAAGUAAACAAAAAAUAGAAGAAAACUGACCUAUUUGUAAUUGUGUUGAUCUAGUUAUAUUUCUAAAUAAAGCCAACUCAUCUUUUGUCUUAAUAUUAAGGUUUGCUAUUUUCUUAAUAGUUUCUUUUUUGUUUGAAAACAAUGAAAUGCUUACUUGUUUUUUCUAGUUAAAUUAUAUCUUGACAAUGUAAAUAAAUAGAUGUAAGGAAUUAGACUUGGAUUUUGUACAAAUUUUAUUUUUAUUGCAUUAUAAAUCUCCCAUAUAUAUAUUUCUAGCUGGUCACCCUGGGUCCGGCCGGCAGAUAUAUUUUUAUGUUUUAAAAUUUGAAUAGCUAUCCUAAUUCAACUGGACGCGAAUCCAACAAUUCGAAAGUCAUUAAAAUUAGUUCAGCCUUUCUCGAGUUGUAAGUGGUGUAACUGAACUCUUUUAUAAAUUUAUAUAUGCUAUAAAGGAUAGAAGAUAUUUUUUAUAAAUAUCUGGGCUACAUAAAUUACACAAAUAAAUUGUAGUAACUACCUUUGUUGUUAUAGAGGCAUAAUACAAGAAAAUAAAUAUUACUUUUUUUACAUCUUUUAUUAGAAAACAGACUAAAGUACAUUUUACAAUGUGCUACCAUAGACUACAUUCACUCUUAGAUAAAAACUAAGCUUGAAUAACAAAUAUCUAUUUACACAUCUUAAAAUUACUCAAGUACAAAUAAAUACUUCUUUUUAACAUAUCGAAGGAAAAUUGU